CCGGCCCGAGACCCCCGCUCCGGCCCCGGUAUUAGCCCUUGCAGCCCGGCGUCACCAUGCUCCCGUUCCCGCUGUUCGCCGUGGCCCUCGCUCUGCUCUGCCACCCCGCUCGGCCUGAGCUCCAGGCUCCGGGCUGCUCCGAGGAGGUGACGGGAGAUCACCUGAAGGUGUGUUCCCAACUCUACACAUGCUGUACCUCUGAAAUGGAGGAGAAGCUCAGCCAACAAAGCCAACAAGAGUUCAGCAAAACGGUGUUGGAGACCUGCAAUACCCUGCACUCAACUUUUGCUUCUAGAUACAAGAAAUUUGAUGAAUUUUUCAAGGAGUUGUUGGAUAAUGCUGAGAAAUCCUUGAAUGAAAUGUUUGUACAUACUUACGGCCAGGUUUAUAAGAAAAACUCUGACGUGUUCCAGGACCUAUUUAAGGAGUUGAAGAUGUACUAUGUGGCUGGAAAUCUAAGCCUGGAAGACAUGUUGAAUGACUUCUGGGCUCGUCUCCUAGAGCGGAUGUUUCGAUUGAUGAAUCCUCAGUACCAUUUCACGGAAGAGUACCUGGAUUGCAUUAGUAAAUAUACAGAGCAGCUGAAGCCAUUUGGAGAUGUGCCACGCAAACUGAAGCUUCAAGUGACCAGGGCAUUUAUUGCUGCUCGAACAUUUGCACAAGGCCUUAGAGUUGCAAGAGAUGUAGUGAGCAAAGUAUCCACAGUCAAUCCAACAACAGAGUGUGCUGAUGCAUUGCUGAAGAUGACAUAUUGUCCACACUGCCGUGGGUUAUCUGCAGUUAAACCAUGUAACAACUACUGCCUCAAUGUCAUGAAAGGUUGCUUGGCCAAUCAGGCAGAUCUGGACAUAGAGUGGAACAAUUUUAUUGAUGCAAUGCUGAUGGUUGCAGAGAGAUUGGAGGGACCGUUCAACAUUGAAUCAGUCAUGGACCCCAUUGAUGUUAAGAUUUCUGAUGCAAUCAUGAACAUGCAGGAGAACAGUAUGCAGAUCUCCCAAAAGGCAUUUCAGGGUUGUGGAAAACCCAAGUCUCUACCCGUGAGCCGUUUGACUCGGUCUAUAUCAGAUGGGUUUAAUCCAAGGUUUAGACCCUAUAGUCCUGAAGAGCGUCCUACAACAGCAGCUGGCACAAGCCUCGACAGACUGGUAACAGAUGUAAAAGAAAAACUUAAGAAUGCAAAGAAGUUCUGGUCAACCCUUCCAUACAAUAUGUGCAGUAACAACAGCUCAGCAAGUGUGGUUGAGCAGGAUGAAUGUUGGAAUGGAAGUAACAGUAGCAGGUACAAUUUUCCAGUGAUGGGUAAUGGCCUUGCUAACCAGCUCAACAACCCAGCCGUUAAAGUGGAUAUUACCAAACCAGACAUGGUGAUUCGCAGGCAGAUAAUGGUGCUGCGAAUAAUGACCAAUAAAAUAAAGAAUGCUUAUCACGGAAAUGAUGCAACAUUCCAUGAUGCAAGUGAUGAAGGCAGCGGUGAAGAAAGUGGCAGUGGCUGCUUUGGGCUUGAUUGCCACCUGGAGUUUGAGUUCACCAGCACUGAUGCUCCUCUGCUCUUUGCCCCCAUAGAACCUAGGAAAAUUGUUCCCAAUAACUCUGCUUGCAGCAGUGAACCCUCUCAGCUGAUUCUACUUGUUAGCUGCUUGAUUGUAAUCUUACACCUGAGGUUAAGAUAAUCACACAAGGUACAAGAAAGAAUCUUCACAAAUGGCUUUUUUGAAUUAAAAACUGUUCGUAUUUAAGCCAGCUGAUGACUUUACUUUAAAUUGCAAACUUCUCUUAAAAUUUCAUCAAUGAUAUUUGGUUGUGGCUUCAAGUGUAUUGAGAUUGUUAUCGCCACCACUGUAUCUAUGUGAUUAUGUUUAAUCGCACAAUCAGCUUGAGAAAAAACACAAGGGUACAAUAUGUGGACCCCAAGGUAAAUGUAUUACUUAGUAAGUCUUUAAGGCAUUUUUAAAAAUUUUCUUUUUACCUAUUUAAAGAAACAGGUUGUGUGCAAGAAAAUACAUGCCAACUUUCAUUAAAUAAUGUGAUGGUGAAUAUCUGUACAGAAGCAAACAUUUAUCUUGAAAUCACUUGGGAUAAUGAUGCACCUAUUGAUGCACAAAUGUAUCUGUAAUGUAGUCAAGCUAAUAUCUGCUAGAGGCCUGGUAUAAUUUUAGAUAGGUAGUUAUAUACAGUUGCACAGUAAUUAGAGCUGUGAUUAUUGAGCCUUUUCGUAAAGCAACAUGUUGCAUGGCUCUGGAAUUUUUUUAAACAAGUGUUGGAAGGGGCUACAGCACAGGCAUCAGAACUGAAUCCAGUUUUAACAAUGAUUGAUGUUACAGUUAAUGGACUUUGUUUUGAGAGAGACCAAUCUGGAAACUAAAUUUUGAAAUUGCUGAUGUGCUAAAUCUGUCCAUGAGUUGAGUUUUGCUACCAGCCUGAGCAGCUUCCUGCAGUUUGACAGUCACUAGCAUCAUCCUGCUGGGAUUUGUUUUUUAAUAAUAGUCUGAAUGCAAUAUUUGAUCUGUAUGCAUUUCAGUUUUCAUUGUAAUGUUAAUUAUAUUUUUAUAUCAAAAUUUUAACUAUUUGUAAUUGCUAGCUCAGGGUCAGUACACUAUUUUAGAAAAUUCUGUUAUUUUCAAUUAGCAGAAAACUGAAUGAUAUACAUUUUCUGUUUAUAAAUCAUCAGGGCUCCUGCUUAUCUACAGCUUACCAGUUAAAGUAGUGAUUUUUCUGUGAUAGCAGACUCUAUGAAGCUGAGCCACUGUUGAGCUGGCUGAAGGUGUUGUAAGGUUUGCUGUUCCUUAGGUCAUGUAGAAAUUAGUUUUGGCUUUCUGUAAGGGAAAGAAUUGUCUGAAAUAUCCACUCAUUAGCUGAAAUUCAGCUGGAACACCAGCAAAGUAACGACGUGGUUCUGCAAGACAGAUAACUGCAACCACCCUUUGUUUCAUGACAAACUUGUAAAUUUUGCUUUCAGUCAUCUUGUAAAACCUUAUUGUAAUCCCAAGAAUUAUAUUUUGAAAUACACAUUGCUGUACGGAUAGUCAUUUUUUUUCCAUUUUGGUUUCAAAUGCAAAAUACAAAAUGCUUGAUGUAAGUUGAAAAGUAUUUACAAAGAUUGCUGCUUUAUUCAUGGUCCAGAACCUGUACAGUGGGAAAUAUCAUAAUGGAAUGCAGCUGAUUCUAAAGUAAAUGUGUGAAUACCAAA